AUCGUAGUCAGACUUUUUUUUUAUUACUUUUCUAAGGUUAUCAGACAAAUGUUGAGAAAACAAAAACAAAAGUGGGCGUGAGAGCAUUAAGUUCGAAGAAUUGAGGAAGAAGGAAGUAGCUUUUAGUGCUUUGAGUCAUAACUUUCAGUAACUUCUUUUGCGGAAGUUUGUUGCUUGCUGUAGUUAAAGGAAGUGAAAUGAGCUACCCGGGGUAUCCGUAUCAACAGGCUGGUUCCGGAAUGCCUCCUCCUAAUCCUGGUUUUCCAUCUCCAUUUCAAGCCACGAGCCAACUGAGUUAUCCUAUUAAUCCCAAUGCAACAGGAUUUCCUUCGAGCAAUCCUUCAUAUCCUUCUGUAAAUCCUCCGUACCCUUCAGGCAAUCCUCCGUAUCCAUCAGGCAACCCAACUUAUCCUCCAGGCAAUCCUUAUCCUCCAAGCAACCCUUCUUAUCCUCCAAGCAACCCUUCUUAUCCUCCAAGCAACCCUUCUAUUCCUCCAAACAACCCUUCUUAUCCUUCAAGCAACCCUUAUCCUCCAAAUAAUCCUUAUCCUUCAAGCAACCCUUAUCCUCCAAGCAACACAUCUUAUCCUCCAAGCAACCCUUCCUACCCAACAAGCAAUCCUUCAUAUCCCUUGGGAAAUCAAACACAUUCUCAAAGCAGUGUGCCAUACCCUUCGGGUAAUCCAUCGUACCCUGAGCAAAGCAAAUCAGAUCCAUUCAGCUGUCCGUAUCCCGGCAAUAACUCAUCAGCUGCCCAGCCAGGGUACCCUCAAGGCACUAGAGGGGUGCCGUACCCCCAACAGGGAGGUACAGUGCCGCACACGUCUUACACAACCCCGCCCCGAAGCAACCAGCCCAAGGCAACUUAUAGCAAGGGGAGGCCGACACUGAAGCCAGCUGCAAACUUCAACCCUCGACAUGACGCUGAGGUUCUUCGCAAGGCAAUGAAAGGCUUCGGCACUGACGAGCAAGCUAUAAUUGAAGUUCUGGCACAUCGAACCAGUGUCCAGAGACAGGAAAUCCCACGAGAGUUCAAGACGCUGUAUGGGAAGGAUUUGAUAUCAGACCUGAAAAGUGAAUUGUCGGGCCACUUUGAAGAUAUUGUUGUUGCCAUGAUGAUGCCACUGCCCCAGUUUUAUGCCAAAGAGAUGCACGAUGCCAUCAGCGGGCUAGGUACGGAUGAAGACACGCUGAUAGAAGUCCUCUGCAGUUUGAGUAACAAUGAGAUAAGGACCAUAAAGGCAGCCUAUGAGAGCAUGUAUCGUUCAUCCCUUGAAAGUGAUUUGGCAGGCGAUACCUCAGGCCACUUUAAGCGUCUUCUCGUAUCGCUGUGUAAUGCGAACCGUGAUGAGAGCUAUGCUGUGGAUCAGGCUGCUGCCUUCCAAGAUGCACAGCAGCUUUUGAGAGCUGGGGAGCUUCGAAUGGGAACUGAUGAAUCAACUUUCAAUGCAAUAUUGUGCUCCAGAAACUACGCUCAGUUACAGCAAAUAUUAGCCGAAUAUCACCGUCUCACGGGCCAUGAUUUGGAGAAGGCCAUUAAGAAUGAGUUCUCUGGAGACAUAGAGAAAGGCCUGCGUGCAGUUGUGAAAUGUGUGCGCAACAAGGCACUAUUCUUUGCUGAGCGGUUGUAUGAUAGCAUGGCUGGUGCAGGUACGAAUGACAGAGAUUUAAUCAGAAUUGUGGUGACUCGAUGUGAGAUAGACAUGGAAGACAUUAAGGAACAAUUUCUUGCAAAGUAUGGAAAGACACUUGAGAGUUUUAUAAAGGGCGACACAUCCGGCGACUACAAGAAGAUGUUGAUAGCGCUGAUUUCAUAAGUCCAUGUGCUAAGUCAUGUGACAUCAUUACAGUUGUAAGACAGCCUCCAAGAAUACAUACUGUAUCUCAAGUAAAUGAUUUGUCUUCUGAAUUUAAAUGUUUAGAAUUCUAUUGUGCCACUGUUGAAUCUUUAAUUAAGUAUAUAUUAUUACAGUGUAAGUUAACUAGCAGUUUUUUGUCAUAUAUGGUUGUAGUUCUAUGUUGUAAAGUUUUAUAUUGAUAUUACUAUUUUUGUUCACAGUAGGUAGUUGAGCCUCUCCUAAUUUGUUGAAUCUUAAUACGAAGUAUACAAAUUUGGUCAGAAGUUGCUUAUUUUAUAUCUAAAUAUAUAUUUUUAAGAUCUAAACAUUUUUAUAUAAAAUUCUUCAAUUAUUAUUUAUAUUUUUGAUACAGUACAAUGAAACACUUUUAAUUAUAAAUGGUCAUUAGUAUUUGACUCUGAGAUGUCACCAAUAAUUAAUGAAUCUUGUUAUUUUUGACUGAACUUUGGUAAUACAUGAAAACCAUUUGUUUAUUUUUUUAUUAGAAAACUGGUGUAUUACAGGAUUUAGUUGAUUACGGAGAAAGUGGCAGAAUGCUUAAUGGACGGUCCAGUCAACACUUGUCAUCAAACCUCCCAUAACUUGCAGUCCUGGAUUAUGUACUUAAAGCUGAGUGUCACCUCAAAAACAAAGUAAAAAACCAUGUGUAAUCCAUUGCUCUGACUCCUUUUUGUGCAACAACGCUGCCCACUUGGUCAUUCUCAUUGCAGAUUGUCCAAUUGCUGGCAAAUUGUGUGUUAGUAAAUUUGGAAGUAGUCAGGAGUAGUUGAAUCCUGCAUUGGUCACAGGCAGAGGCUGGAUCCAGAGGUGGUUUACAGGGGCACCCUCAUUAGUUGAAAAGAAAGAUGCAAUGUUAUAUAAUGAUUUCUAAAAUAAAUUUUCGGGCUAUAUUUAAUUUGAUAUACUUAUCAAAGAUGAAUGUAAAACUGUUAUAAAUAGUUUGGUCUUGAUGCAAUAUCUAGACUAAGUUAUUAGUAUAUCAAUAUCAGAAAAUUUUUCUGAGCGAGUUUCACCGGUCCCCUGGUUUUAUUGAGGAGGGGGUGUUCCAGACUUCUAGUGCCCUCGCCCCCGGUUUAUGAAUCUCAAAUGUGAAUUUUACUGUAUUGUUGCAGACAGUAAUUUACUUUCAAAAAGUUAAAUCAUAGGUAUUUUAUUGAGAACUCUAACUUCUCUUUUCUCCUAGAUAAUUUUGUUUUCAUCGUGGGGUAUUCAUUUGCACAGAAUAAUUGAUCUUCAGUGUAGGUGUAGUCAAAGUCUCACUGAGCUAGCACAUGAAUAACCUAGCUCUUAUGCAGAUUUCCGUUUAUUAGGUAUAAAAGAGAAGCUGCUAGGUUUAUUAAAAUAAUUUUGUUGUCAUGUUAAAUUUCUGUCUGUAAUAGUAUCAUAUGAUACACCUGUGUACUUUUGCUGUGCAUGCAUGUGCGCGUGUGGUGAAAUUAUAAUUUGUGAUGGAAGUAAGUUAGUAUUUUGUUAAAUUCUAGAUUUAUAUUUGAUACAGUGUUUACUAAAAACGAUAUUAGUUUUUAUAUGUUUAUAUAAAAUAUUUUCUAUGUAUUUUUGAUGGCUUAUUUUCUUUGUACAUUGUAGAAUGUUAGGUGGGUAAUUAAAGUUAUAUGGUUGGAAAUAAUAUUUAGAACAUUGUUUUAGACACUUAACCCUGUGAACUCUGUUGAGCUUGGUUUACCAUCUUCCUGUUCCAAUUCUUUGUCAAGCCAGGUUCCUCAAAUACCUUGAAUCAUGUGCCAUUUAAUGGAUUGGAGAACCAGACAAAUUAUUGGCACAGGAAUUUAAAUUUGGCAAACUUGGCUUAAAAUUUUAGUAAUGAAAAUGUGUAAGUGCUAAGUAGGUAUGUAGUAGUGUAUAAUUUAUAGAUUCUUUGUAUAUGUAGACUAUGCUUUUAAUUGUAACUUUUUAUAUGAUAUUGUUGAACUUCCCAUGUGAUGUCUCUAAGAAGACAUAGUAGCAUUGAUUUCGUAGGUUCACUUAUAUCAUACUGCCAUAUCCCACAGCAAGAUUAACCUCCUUACCCAGAAGCAUUUGCACUGUUUGUUUUUAGCAUUUCUGCAUUGUUUCAGAAGUUUGAUGUUUAUGUAUGGAUCUUUGAUUUUGAUUGUCCUUUUACAAAACUUGUCAAAUUAGAGAACUGUGAAUUUUUAAUACACAUUUUCUCAGUUAGUAAUACAUGGGACCUAUAUUUUAUUGCCUUGUAUAAUUUUUGGGCAGGAUUGCUGUUGUAAUAAUGAUUGAAUAAUACAAAUAAUGAACAAUGAAAACAUAAAUGCUAUAGUGUUUGCAAAACAUUGUGGCGAUGGCUGUUUUGGAAUACUAUUAAGGACUCAUUCUUUUCUGAUGCUGCAUUCAUUAACUAGUGGCUCUUAAUGUUAGGCUUAAUGUAACAUGUAACUAGCCAUGAAAGAAAAUUUAAAUUAUACACAUCUUACUAUAUCUGUAAGAAAUAUGUUUUUUUGUAGUUACAACAGCUAUUUUGUCUAUCAUUGUCACACAGUUUUCAAUGUGCCAAUGAUAUAGCUGGAGUAUUUGAAAAAUAGAUAAACUGAACUAAUGUGUCAACAACUGGUAAUGUGUGCCAAAAGACCUUGAAAGAAAGGCUAAGAUAAUGCAAACAGGGCAUAAUUGAUAUGUUCUUAGAUAGAAGUUUACAAUACCAAUUCUAAAAUGAUCCGCUAAAGAAGUGUCCUUUGGAAGUUGUUUUGGAUCAGCCAAAAAUAACAUUUUUAUUUGUGAAACAACACCAUGCACCCACCAGUCAAUUAGCCAAUAAAAGUUCUGGGAAUUGGUGCACAUCGCAGUAUUUUUUUCUGGUGUUGCGUGUAACUGUACCGCAGUGGUUCCAAGUCCUUCUGAACAUACUGAUAUAAAUGUAUUUCAUUGAGUUAAGAUACGCUAUGCUUGUGCAUUAUGGUGAUACUAAUAUGUAUUAAUGGUGCUUGUGUAAGUGCCUUUUCCAUUGUCGAGAUUGUGUGGCAUGUUAUUUCUGUUUGCUGUUUUGUAUAGUUAACUUCAAAAACCUAUAAAAAAAAGAGAUCCAUAUAUAUGUAUGAUUCUUUUAUUCAUACCCAAGUGAUAAUUUACUAUGCUUAUGGUGUCAAGGGUUUGUGUGAUAUCUGAUAUGGUAAGCUGUGGUCUACCAGGGCUAUUAUAAUUCUUGAAAACAGUGUUGGGUCAAUUUACUUUCCUGGGAUGAGCCAAAUCCAGUGAUUCAAAUAAUUGUGAUGAAUUUUUCAGAAUCCACUGAUUUCGGAAUCAUAAGUUGGGAUUGAUUCUUCCCGUAGCUGUAAUCGGAAAACCUCAGAAUUGCAAGUAUAGCAUUAUUUUAGUGUAAUCAAAAAUGCUUCAUGGGUAUUUUUGAUUAGAAUUUUUGUCGGCUUUGGUUAGAGUAUUGGUUAAAAUUAAUAAAAUUAUUUGGAUUAUUGUUCAAUUAACUAGACGUUAUUGGUUAUUUAGUAAUGAUAUUUUAGUUACUCAAUUUUUUUUAAUAAUAAGAAAUUUAUCCAAUUAAUUGGACAUUUAAUUUAAUAGUGGUUUGUAAUCAGAUACAUUAUGAGAGUAUUUUAUUGAAUAAAACUAGUUAAUUUUUUUGCACUUGAAGGUCAAAACUCAACUAUAAUAGAAAAAGAAUAUUUAAAGAGACCCAUACUACCACUUUUUUUAAAAAUGAAACUUUGUUUUAUAACAAAUAUUCUACGUUUACACUUCCAUAGUCCCAUUAAAUUUAUGAAUAGCAAAUUUUUAACUUGCUUGUUGAUGAACGUGUUUGGCAAUCUGACUGUUGACUUUUAAAGCAGCCAAAUGUUAAAAAUAAAACUAUGUAAUAAUUUGAUUCAUCAUCAUUUUAGCCCUAUCUUUUAAUAGUCCUGGUUGGUCAUAUCUAAACUGGAUCAAAAUAGUUAAAAGCCAUUUCAUAAUAUUUCAUAGUCACAAAAAAAAUUGUAUUCUAGAUUUGUAUGUUACAAUGUAUGGGCAUAUUUUAUGUAGUUUUUCUUUUUUUGUAGAUGCUUUUAAACAAAUGUUUUAUUGGAGUUCAUGAGAUAUAAACCACAAUAUAUUUGUGUUUAGAUUAUAGAUGUUUCAUUAUGUGUUUCACAAUAGUGCAUGAUUGAGUUGAUACAUUAUUUAAAAUAAAUAUCUCAAAACUA